GCUUUUAAUCCAUUAAGACAAAUAACAUUGAUAAUUGUUAAAGAUACAUUAUCCAUCAGUCAUAUAAUGAUUAAUAAAGGGCAUUUUCCCUGAAUGUUAAAGAUUACAGUGUAUAAAAUGAUUCUAUUUCAUAAGGGUAUAUGAAUUUCCCACGUCAAAAAUCCAUAUUUAACUUAUUCACCGUUAUGCUUGCAAAUAAAAAAACGUCUGUCUUUUCUUUACAGUAUCCUAAUGACGACUGGGCGUUUGCCAAUCCUGAUGACCUUGCUUUGGACAAUAUUAUUGAUGAAGAGCAUACGAGUAAUCACCAUAAUUUCGAGGAUAACUCUCUAGACCAAGAACAACCAAUUUCAACUGCAAAACGUAAUGCAACAACAAUUGACCCAUCUUUACCACAAAUUGGAAAGGAUAAACGAAUACUUACAUUGAAAGAUUUAUUAAAUGCUUAUAUACUGACACGUGCACGACUUCGUCUUGCUCAAGCUUGUUGGGAACAGGGAAUGCUAAGGGCGGGUGUAUUUACACCAGAUGAAGUUGUUCGAGGAUUAUUGUCCGUUGCAUUAUAUGAUGAAGCUGUUCGUCUUUGUGAAUCCUACGAUCUUGAUCCUGCACUCAUCAUUAAUAGUAUAAGUUUACGCUGUAGCGAGCUUGCUCAAUGUGCAACUGGUAGUGUCAACUUGGUGAACUUUUCACAGCCUACAGUUAAUUAUGAACUUCGUCGAAAAGAGGUUUACGAUAUUCAUCGUACAACUUCUGUCAUCACAACUGGUUUAAGUCAAUUCCCAGUACUACCAGGAUUGGCGAAUGAUUCAUCUCCUUUAGAGCACGAGGCUGAUCUAGUUCAACAGUCUUUAUCUAAUUUGUCCACGUUAAAUUUUGAUAAAGUUGGAAACGACGGUGAUAAUAUCGGCGCUAUUGAAAAAUCCAGUAGCUUGAAAAUAGUAUCAUACCAUUCUAAUUAUAAUUAUUCUAGUCGAUGCAACUUACCAGAAAUGUAUUGGCGUCUCCUAGAAACAGUUCUCACACGUCUAGAUCCUCCAAGUACAACUAAUGAAAAACAAUCAACAUUUCAAACAAAAUAUCAUGGUUUUCUACAUUUAAUUGCUUGCGAAAAUAUACUCGCCUCAGGUCCUAAUCAAUUAUAUCUACCUGAGUGGUUAACUUCACGCUUAUUGUCUACUUCAUAUGCAACAGAACGAGCUGUUAACUUAUUACGUCUGUACAUAAAAUUCAAUCGUUUAGAAACAGCUUAUCGAUUAGCAAUGGAUAUGCUCGAAGCAGCUAUGAAUAAAGGCGCAGAUCCAUCAUCCUUCGGUUUACGAUCCACUUUAUCCAAUUCAAUGGAUCCAACAAAUCCUAUACGAAAAGCCAAUAAAACUAUGACGAUAUCAGGUACAAUGUAUCUUCCACAUACAUUAUUUGUUUAUAUAUUGAAUGCAUUGAAAUUAUUAUCGCCUGAAUCAAAAACCUGUGAAGCUCUGGAAUACGUAAAACAACGUAUCAAACUAUUGGCUUACGCCGAUAUGAAUGUGUCCGAGGAGGAUAAAAAACACUGGGGUAUGGAUAAAUUAACCGGUGGUGGAAGUCGAUUACGAGGAUGCUUUGGAGAUCGAAGAAUGAUAUUAUUCAUUGUUUUUAUUGCAUUAUUUUUAGAUAAUAUGUUGUUAACAGUAGUCAUUCCAAUUAUACCCGACUUCUUAUUAUCUCAUCAAACAACGAAUCUUUCAACAUCUAUUGAUGAAACUUUAUUAGGAGAUAAAUAUUGUACAAAAUUAUUAAAUGUCACUGAUAAAAUUAAUCUGCAAAAAUCAAUAAUUUGGGCAUCAAGAGGACAUGCUGUCCAGCAUCAACCAAUAGGAUUAUCAGAUCAAUUGAAAAUAAUGUUAGACGAUAAACGAAUUCAGUAUUUACUUGCUGAUACUAGAUUUAAUGAGUGUAUGGUAAAUGCAACAAUAGAAAUUGAAAAAAUCACCGCUGAAGAAUUGGGAAAUGAACAUAUUCAAGUUGGUAUAAUGUUUGCAUCAAAAGCGAUAGUACAAAUGAUUGCAAAUCCUAUGAUUGGUCCAUUAACAAACAGAAUUGGCUACAGUGUUCCAAUGUUUACUGGAUUUGUGAUAAUGUUUACAUCUACUAUCGUGUUUGCAUUUGGUGAAAGCUAUACAGUUCUAUUUUUUGCCAGAGCUUUACAAGGUGUUGGAUCUGCUUGUUCCAGUGUAUCAGGAAUGGGAAUGUUAGCCACUUGUUACACUGACGAUAAAGAUAGAAGCCAUGCUUUCUCAGUUGCACUUAGUGGAUUGGCUAUUGGUGUAUUGGUUGGACCACCAUUCGGGGGUAUCACUUAUCAAUUCAUUAGUAAAGAAGCACCAUUUUUAAUUUUGGCAGCGCUAGCCUUAGCUGAUGGAACUUUACAAUUAAUUGCACUGAAACCAAAAGUACGUAAAGAAGAUCAAAAAGGUGCUGCAUUAUGUGAACUUUUAAGAGAUCCAUAUAUAUUGAUCGCUUCAGGUUCAAUAACUUUUGGUAAUAUGGGCAUUGCUUUACUUGAAUCAUCUUUACCAUUAUGGAUGUGGAAAACAAUGAAAUCAGAAGGAUGGCAACAAGGUGUUGCAUUUUUACCAUGUAGUAUUGCAUAUUUUAUUGGGACAAAUAUAUUUGGACCAAUUGCUCAUAAAAUUGGUCGAGGUAUAAGUGCUGGUCUUGGUAUGAUUAUAUGUGGAAUAUGUUUACUUUCUAUUCCAUUUUGUACAAGAAUUGAACAUUUAAUUGCUCCCAUGGGCGGACUUGGAUUCGCUAUAGGAAUGGUCGAUUCUUCCAUGAUGCCUAUCAUGGGUUAUCUCGUCGAUUUAAGGCAUGCAUCAGUAUACGGUAGUGUCUAUGCUAUUGCAGAUGUUGCAUUCUGUUUGGGAUUUGCAAUUGGACCUAUCAUUAGUGGUGCAAUGGUCAAAAGUAUUGGAUUUAAAUGGAUGCUUUGGUUCAUUGCAAUUGUCUCCCUCCUUUAUUCUCCAUUGACAUUAUAUUUGAGGAAUCCACCAAAACGAGAUGAAGCUCAGUCACUUGUUACAACAAAAAAUGGAAACCAACAAAAAGAAUUAAAUUCUUUCGAAAAAGAUCCUAAGACAACGAUAACUGGAAUUCCAACAAUAUGUUUGGGCUCUACAAUCGAUUAUGAUCCUACACAUGGAGGACUUCAAGAAUAUCGAUAUGAAUAA